CGAUCCUUACUUAGAACGGUUGGGUUGUUGUGGACUUAGAUUCGGAUUUGUAUAUGAUUCGGCGAACAAUGACUACAAGGUUUUGAAAAUUUCGAGUUAUCUUCCAAUGGGAUUGCCACUGUCUGACGAGAUUGAGGUGUACACAUUAAGUUCGGAUUCAUGGAGAAGGGUUGGGAUGUCAUUGAGAGCCAAUGUUAAGGUAUUUGAUGAUACUUUUCAAAUCCCAUUGGUUAGUGGAGCUUUGCACUGGAUCUCAAUUGUCUUAGAAGGAGAAGAGGAGCACAAGGGUGAAGUGAUUAUGUCAUUUGAUGUCAAUAGUGAGAAAUUUAGAAUGUUUGUAAUGCCUGAUGGUUCCUUGUCAAUAAGGAGAUCUCAGAGAAGGCUUGCAUUAUUCAAGGGGAAAUUGGCUUUCAUUACAUUUGGGAUAAGUGACCAACAUGGCUACCACUACUCCAUGUGGGUGAUGAGGGAGUAUGGCGUGCUUGAGUCUUGGAAUCAACUUUUUGUUGUACCACUUGCGAGAAUAUCUGCUUGCAUUGGCUUCACCAUGUAUGGUUCACUUUUGAUUCACUACGUUGAGUCCAACAAUCAAGCAGAGAAGUUUGUUUUAGUUGACACUAAAACUCUACAUGAGAAGGAUUUGGAUAUCCAACAACCUUCACGUGUAGCUACUUUCAUGGAGAGCCUUGCUUUACUUGAUGGAGCAAACAUGGUGGCUUACUAAGCAAAUGGUGGCAUGCAAAUUAGAAGGAAGUUCUUAGUGAUCCAUAUAAACGAAGAAGAAACAAGCAGAAACAGCAAUUACACAGCAUCUAUUCGGAUUUCAUCAAACGCACAAGGAGGAAUUUCUUCAAUCCAGGCUAACUCUGUGUCAACAUGAAUAGCAUUGCGGGCCAAAGUGUGAGCAACCUGGUUUGCCUCCCUCUUUGUGGGAUGAAAUUUGCAGCUUUUCAUGGUCUUUGACAAAAGCUUCGCAUCCUCUAUGAUGUUUCCAAUAUGAAAAGUAGGUUCGGCAGUAUCUUGGAUAGCUUUAACCACCGAGAGAGAGUCACUCUCAAUUAUAACACAAUUAAAGCUAGCUUCAAUUACAAACCUGAUAGCCCGCUGGAUAGCCAAUGCCUUAAUGACCUCUGCAUCUUGAACACCAUCCACUUUCUCUGUUAAAGCUGCCAGCACCCAUUCUUGACUGUCAUGCACCACCACACCAAUGCCUGCUUUAUUAGUUUCUUUGAAGAUGGCUCCAUCAACAUUAGCUUUGAACCAACCUAACAAACUGUUAUUGGCUUACAGGGUAGGUUUCCAAUUUUCUACCAUUUUUUCCCCAAUCUUCUCCUACAAAUAUGUAAUAUAGCAAAUCAUUUAACAAAUUCAAUAAUGAAUCUUUUACUUCAUCAAUAGUUGCAGUGGCCGCUAUAUUGAUAUGAUAGUUGCAAAGACUCCCCUAUAUGAAUAUG